CAGAAUUGACAUUUGUUUUCUCGAAGCCGCUUUUGCACGAUCGUAAACAAAUAAAUUUUUCAUUAAAUAUUUAAUAUUUAUUUAAACCAUUAAAUAUGUCGGCGGGGUCAGUAGAUUUAAGUUCAUAUCGAGAUCAACACUUCAAGGGCUCGCGCACGGAUCAAGAGCGCUCGCUGCGUGAAUCUUGCACAUUAUAUGUGGGAAAUCUUUCAUUUUAUACAACAGAGGAGCAAAUUCAUGAAUUAUUUUCACGUUGCGGAGAAGUACGACGUAUUGUAAUGGGUUUAGAUAAAUACAAGAAAACUCCUUGUGGAUUUUGUUUUGUCGAAUACUAUAUGCGGACUGAUGCAGAAAUGGCAAUGAGAUACGUCAACGGAACUCGAUUAGAUGAUCGCCUCAUCCGUGUUGACUGGGAUGCUGGCUUUAUAGAAGGACGGCAGUAUGGUCGUGGCAAAACUGGUGGCCAAGUACGCGACGAAUAUCGGACAGACUACGAUGCCGGCCGAGGAGGUUAUGGAAAGUUGCUGCAGCAAAAAAUUGCGCCAAAUACAGACAAUCGUUGAAUUCGUUUUUUUUUUUUUUUUUUAAUCAUAGCUUAGAGUUUAUACAUAAAUAUAAAAAAUGAAAACAAAAACUUAUAACUCGGUUCUACGUCCGCCCAAA